AAUUUUUUAUCAACUUUAUUUAUUUACUCAACCUUUUCCAUCAAAACCCUAAUUUCAUAAAUCACUUAUCAGAUUUUGUUAACCAAAGUUUGUAUUUUUUUUCUUUGUAAUUUUGGAGUUUGUAGAUUUUUUUUUGGUAAUUUCAACGUUUUUUGUGUUCUCUACAAUGGUGCAGAUUUGAAGCUGCGAUUUUCUCGGAGACCAAGGUCAACUGUUUCAAUUCCAUUUCUAGGUCUUCAUUUUUCAAAAAUUUCAUACGAAAAUUGCUGUUUUUGAAGUUUAAUCUGUGAUUGUGAAAUUUUCUGCAUCAAAAUCUGUUUUUUGAAGUUAAUUUUGAAUUUUUCUGAGUUUUUUAGUGUGAUUAGGUUGUGAAAACGUUAGAUUCUUCAAUAGUUAGGGUUUAAACCAAAUUUAGAAGUGCUAGGUAUCUUAGUUUUUCUAUGAUUUGCAUAAAAAUGGAGGAAAGAGAGAAUUUUGGUGCUGUGAAUGCAGUGGCGGGUAAUCAAGUCGCAGUGAGCUUCCAUGGAGCUCCUAGGAUUGAAAACAACUUGGAUUUUUCCAUGGCGACGGUGCCAGUGUCGAUGCCGGUGACGGCAGUGAAGAAGAAGAGGGGGAGGCCAAGGAAGUAUGGGCCGGACGGGAAGCCUACUCCUGGGUCUGCGACUGCGCUUUCACCGAUGCCGAUUUCUUCAUCGAUUCCUUUGACUGGAGAGUUCUCUGCUUGGAAAAGGGGUGGAGGGAAGCCUGUUGAAUCUAUCAAGAAAUCAUCUUUUAAAUUUGAUUUUGAAAGUCCACCAGGACAAGGUGUAGGUGUAAGUGCAGGUGCAGUUGCAGGUGCAGGUGAGAGAAUUGCAAAAGCAGUAGGUGCCAAUUUCACGGCUUAUAUGCUUACCGUGAAUUCUGGCGAGGAUGUCACCAUGAAAAUUAUGUCCUCCCAACAAGGAUCACGUGCUAUAUGCAUUCUCUCUGCAACUGGCACAAUUUCAAAUGUUACACUUCGCCAAUCGACUUCUUCAGGGAGUACUUUAACAUAUGAGGGACGGUUUGAGAUUCUUUCCUUGUCUGGUUCCUUCAUGCCAACUGAUAAUGGAAUUACAAAAAGCAGAUCUGGUGGAAUGAGCGUCUCUUUGGCAGGUCCGGAUGGUCGAGUAUUGGGCGGCGGGCUCGCUGGUUUGCUUAUAGCUUCUGGUCCUGUGCAGGUUGUUUUGGGAAGUUUUCUUCCUAAUCACCAUCUAGAGGACAAAAGCAAGAAUCAGAGGACGGAGCAUACUAUAUCAACCAUUACACAUAAUCAUCCUCCUCCACAUGUUAAUCAUCAUCAUCACAAGUCUAAUGAAGUAAGUUUCGGUGGCGUGAAACCUAUUAUGACACCUGCUGCAUUUCAAGAAGAGAAAAUUGUUUCUUUCAACAACAACAACAACGUUCAAGACUCUAGGAACAAUUCAUCUGCUGAUGACAGAGAUCCUUUACCUGAAAAGGAUUCUAAUCAUAGCCAAUCAAAUGCUUGAGCUGACUCAACCUCAUACUAUACUGAAGCUCUCAAAAUUAACUUGCCAAGACAGAAUUGUGGUUGUCAUCAUCAUGUGUCAAAAGUUGCAAUGUUUAGUGGUAGGUGUUAGUUUUCCACGUUGUUGUUUUGUUCCUCUGAUGUAUCUCUUGUAAUGUUUUGUUUACUCAGUAUGGUAUCAGUUAGAUAUAGGAUACUUGUUGUGCUAUUAUUAUUUUUGUACUUGUUUACAUUUUAUAUAUAAUAUGGAUGUUAAAUUAA